AUGGUGCCACGCCUUUCACGAGUGGCCACGACGUUUGAGAACGAGGCAGAUAGUCACUCCUUCACGAAUGACACCGUAAAUGAAGAGAGCAGUGAAGGUGAUAGCUUCGGUGCCUCACUUUCCGCCUGUAUAGUUGCGUGUUUGCCGCAUGAGAAUGAGAAGGUGCCGAGACACUUGCUCUCUAUCAUUGUGCUCACCAACGGGACGAGCGUGUGGCGAGUGGAAGUGUAUGAAGACGGUACUUUCGCUGAGGACGAGUUCCGUGACUCAAAAGGCCACACCGGAAGCAUCGAAGAAUCAUCGCGCAGCAGCGGCUUGUCGUCGUGGCUCCCUUCGUGGCCAUGGGAUGGGAAACAGGCGAGACGCACUCGGUAUUUGGCUAUCAGUGCUGUACAACAGACACAGUACAUUGUGCUCUUCCGCAGCAACGGAUUACUGGAGCUUUUCGACAGCUACCUGCGUCCCGUGUGCCCCAUACCACCAUGCGUUUUGUCGAAGGAGGAGGUGCUUGUCUCUAACGUUGUAACACAAUGGUCAACGCUUGUCAAUGACGAUGUGCAUGUGAUCACGUGCUUUGGCGGAAAGGAGGUCCGUCGAUGUGUGUGGUCGCGUAUACCCGUCACCGAGACCAGUGACAGAGUCCCUUGUGCGCAAAAAAUGAUGAUCAACCCGCCAUCAGCGACCAGCGCACCAGUGGCAUGCGUCGCGUUGGACACAAGACGUCUCGCUCUUCUUUGGGACGUGGGUAUGGAGGAGGGUGUGUGCAUGCACUCCUCUAUCUCCAUUGGUUCGCUUAUGCAUAGCACUCAGCAAGGUCUCUCAGGUAUUCUGCAGGUCAUCACAGCACAAAAGGGGUUAGGGGAGGCAGAAGACCACAAUGCACGUGCCACCAAUGCUCGUGUGCUUAUGGAAAGAGCAGAAGUUUUCUUUUGCCAUUCUUCUCCGCUGCAUGCUCUGAUGUCUGUGGGAGAAGAGCUGGUUCUGAUCGAAAAGGUACAUUUAAACAUACGGGCGCAUGUGCUCUCCACUGAAAUGAGCCCACUCGAGCAGUUGGUAGAGAACGCCAUUGCCGUAGGCCGGCCAGUUAUGACGGCCAACCGCAACGUACUGCCACUCCCAUGGGUUCAUUUGAUCCCCGCUGUGGUUCGAAAUGAUAUUCGUCCUUCAUGCAGCAACACUCUGGCAUUUGAUGAGGGAGUUGAGUUGGCAGCAUCAUGUGCAGAAGGGGCAGAUAAUCUCGCGGCGCUGCUAAUCAGUGCGGUGCAGAGUGUGCCCGUCGCCUUAACUUUGGGAGGCUUUCAGCUUCUGCGGAGUGCAGCUCACCUACAAGGAUAUGUUCCCUCUGGCUUCGUUGACGACGCGGCGAUGAAAACGGCAGUUGAACAUGCCACAGCUUUUGUUGAAAUACCUUCGCGAAGUGCUUCCUUCUGCAGCUUCUCUCGGCGGUUUGUUCAGCACACCAUUUCGCGGGACCUUCUUUCGCGUAUAGCAUACCUCGUCUGCUCUUACAUUGGAUGGAUAGGAUCUGGCUUGGUCGACAUGACAAGUUUAGAACUGCCACGUAUACGUGUUAUUUUGGAGUUUCUCUCGGCUGCAUACCACGCGGUUGAUGUUGCUGGCCCCUUUACUGCGGCUAUUGCACCUGAGGUUGGUAAAACCGUUGUGGCCGAUGUACUAAAGGUGUUGCUGUGCUCCAAGCCAGACUGGGGCGAAGAAGGAGAGGAUGCACUCUUUGCUGUGUAUGUGGCAAAUCGCCUGCGACGGUGCGACGGGGCAGUGGGUAUGCGAGCCUCUGCGACGUGGUGUAACCUCCUCUCCCGUCGUUACCCAUGCUUACAGCACUUCCUCAUUCUUCGUGACCUGGAGGUGAGUCGAACAGCUCGCUCCUCACAACUGGUCUCUAUGUGUCUUGCUGUUUCUUUCCACCUGGCGAGUCUGCCAGCGGCCGUUGCUGUGCCGCUGCUUCUCGAGGGUGGUUUGUCUGCUUGCGGUAAAGGCGGUGCUUUACACACUGCCUUUUCUGACGUUGGAGCGGAGGAGUGGAGGGCGGUGCUCGCCAAUGUUUCCCUCGUUGCGAAGGUAUACCGAGUAGCGCUUCUGCGCCGCGUCAUCCCUCCUGAUGGAUCAAACUGUGCGUGUGUGAGUGGGUCGCUGGUACGAGAGUUGUUUUUGACGGAGUUAGUGGAGCUCGAGCAGUACGUGCGGCUUGCGGGCGGACCGGGCGCGAAGGUCUACCGGGCGCUUGUGGAGCUUCGCCUAGAGACACACAUGUUCCUUGCGCGGGCUGCUUUGGACGAGCCCAGCUUUAACGACUCAUUCCGUUCCUUGGCGGAGGUGCUGCGUUGCGCAGCCGAGCUGGACAUGACCCCCAUGUACAUGGAGCAGGUGCUACUGGUGAUUUGUGAGGUGGUCGAGUUGGCGUCCUCUUCGCAGGGGCUCCUUGAUGCCCUCGUUUCCCUCACGCACUCCAGCGCUGAGCUGGACAGCAUUCUUGCGUCCAAGUGGUACGCGUACACAGCACGACUUCCCACCAAGUCGGCGUCGCCGGCAGCCGACGUCACACGAUUGCGCGCGGCAACAGGACUCUAUCGCUACCUCUGCAAGCGCCACGCAUACGGGCAGGCUGGACGCAUGAUGACGGACCUUGCAACUGUUAUUCGUUGCUCUUCGCUUCGGUCGAGCUCUGUUGAGGCCGUGCUAGAGAUCACUGCCCUCGCGGUGACAGCGGUUGAGCUGAUUGCGCCCACUGCGCCAUUGCAAUUACAGCAGGAUGACAGGGAGACGUCCAUGCUCACCGCAUACGGCUCACCCACGUACCCACAUUCACCGGAGCAAGCGUCUCCAAAGGGACCAUUGAACCGUGAACAUCUCCCGUGGUUGCGUCGCCGUCAUUAUCAGGCAUUCUGCGAGCGAAAACUAAUGGAUGCCAGCCGACGUGUGGAUUGCACGGACCUUUGGAUUGAAAAUCCACCGGCGGCGGCGUAUGCAGCAGCUGUGAAGCGAUUUGUGGAGGCGCUGAUGGAGUCGCGUUUUUGGCCAGAAGCCAGGCGUUUUGCGGCUAUGACUGGUUACGAUGUUGGUCGGGUUUUGCAGGAACAUGUAUUGGACCUGCUAGCCUUUACGGACUAUACGACCGACGAAGAGGCACUAGAAGAGUGGUGCGAACUGAUUGAGGGGUGUGAGGAGUUCUCUUCGCCGUUAAAUAGAUUUGGUCCGUUGCGGAGCACUGUCGUCACAGCGUUGGUCACCAAUUUCGAGAAUACUCACCCUGCACUCCUUGCUUCCCUCGAGCGUGCUGAUCGCUAUGAAGCGAUGCACGCGCUCCUUGAAGUUGCCGAAACACUGCUCUGCAGACGGACGGAAGCGAUGAGGGUGAAGGCGAGGUUGAAUGAGGAGGAGUUUCAAGGACCUUCGUCGUGUCUUGUGACCAAUGAUAACGCUGACAAAAGCGGUGGCGGCUGCAGCAGUGGCAGAAACACCUUCAGCAUCACGCAACCUUGGCUGCCUUUGGUGGAGUCCCUCCGAAUUGGCACCGGUGUCCUCAUGGACUCUCUCCACGGCAACACGAGAGAAGGAGGGCUGAGUGAUGCGUCCAUGACGGCUGGCAUCUUCGAUCCUAUGGCCUGUAGGGCACUUGAGCUUCUGAACUCUCCGUUGCUGCUGGAUCAGUUGGUCACGGUGCAGGGGGCGACUGUCGUCAAGACGUUUUUGCAGUCAUUUGAGGAAUUCAAGAGGGCAAAAUUGGUCUUGGCGUAG